UUAGAAAUGUCUGAAAACGAAAGCGAAUUACUAUCAUAUAUGAGUUUAACUCCACAUUUGAAAGUACUACGAAUAUGUGGAAUUUUUCCUUUGGAUUCCUCAUCACCGAACAUGAAAAGGAAGCUACACGGCUUCUACUUAUGCAUCAGUUUUUCGUUUUUAAUGCUGUAUACGCUGCUGCAGAUAAUUCACGUCAUUCAAGUACGUACUGACAUCGAAAAGGUAAUGGAUGCAAUGUUCUUACUACUAACAUUUCUCGAUUGCAUGUUUAAACAAGUAAUGUUUUUGAAGAAACCUCAUAAGAUACUGGACAUUCUCAAUAUUAUGAAAGGGCCGAGUUUCAACCAAGGACUAGAUGAGCAUCGACCACUUCUCGUGCAGACAAUCAAUCACGCACUAUUUCUGCUGCGACUGUUCAACAAAAUUUGCGUAAUAACGUGUUUUCUUUGGAUCACUCUACCCGUUUAUUUACAUUUAAAAAAAGAAGCAGUUGAAUUUACCAUCUGGGUGCCUUUUGACGCUAAUGAAAAUUCAAAAUUUUAUAUGGUCAUCUGUUAUGUAUGGAUGCAAACUUCGUGGCUAGGUCUAAAUAAUUCAACAAUGGACAUUUUUAUUGUAUACCUACUUGCACAAAUCAAAACUCAAAUUUCCAUCUUGAGGUUAAAUUUAGAAAAUCUUGUAAGUAGAAGCCAAGAAGAAAUGAAAACAUCUCAUUCUUUAGAGGAACUUCUUGAAUUACGAUUUAGAGGAAUUAUUUACCAUUAUAAUCAAAUUAUAAAAUUUUCAAGGAUACAUGAGGAGGUAUUUAGCAGUGCUAUACUUUUCCAGUUUUUGGUCAGUGGUUGGAUAAUAUGCACCACAGCCUACAGAACAACUAACAUGAAUCCUCUUUCUGGCGAAUUCCUAUCAAUGAUAUUGUAUAUGAUUUGCAUUCUUUCGGAUUUUUUGUUUUGCUUUUACGGUAAUGAGGUGGCUCAUGAGAGCCAAAAGCUAAUGGAAUCUGCGUACUGCAUGCAUUGGGAGGAUAUGCCAGUAAAGUAUCGUCGCUACUUAUUUAUUUUUAUGGAGAGAAUAAAAUGCUCCAUAUUACCGAAAGCUGGCAAGGUUGUACCACUGUCGAUCAACACUUUUGUCCAGAUUGUCAAGACUUCGUAUACAUUCUACACUUUCUUGAGUAAUUCAAACGCAAACUAACCAAACGAAAUACGUGCAACACUAAAAAAACCUAGCUACGUAAAUAUAACGAGCAUGUAGAUAUGGG